UUUAGAUCUUGGAAACCUGUAAGUGCAAGGCCUUUCCUCUCUAGUACUCCACAAAACUUGCUUUUGUACCUCUGCUGUGCAUGGCCAAGGCUGGAAUUGCAAAUACAAGGAUGCUAAUUCUUAGUCACAAACUAGCAUUCAUGGUAAGAGCUGGAAUGGUAAAACCAAAAAUUCUAAUUAGGGAAGCUCGACACGUCCAUAACCAUUUCGCUAAUCUUUCAACAACAAGACGACAUUAUUAUCAUUAUCAUCAUCAUCAUCAUUUAGAAGAAUCGGGAAACUCGAUCAUGGAAGCAAAGACGGAGGACGGAUCUUGUUGGGUACCUCAUCCUCGCACUGGAAUAUAUGUGCCCAAGGGCCAUGAACGGGUGAUGGACGAUGUACCAGAAAGUGCAGCUUCUUUUAAUCAGACUUACUGGCUGAGGAAUGUUGAUGGUGUUGAGAGGCCUGACCCUGAUGUUCCUUCUGAUCAUUAUUUGUCUAAAGAUUUCUAUUAACUAUAUAUAUAUAUAUAUAUAUAUAGAGUACUUGUCUGAAGUUACCUUACAUGCUGUGCCAGACUAUAUAAAGUCUAGGAAAAAGAAGUUAAAUGUAAUAUUGUAGUCUGCCUAAAAAACGCAAGUCAAUAUAUUUCCUUAUGUAUGAAAAAAUAAAGAAAAUCUAUUUCUAUCA